AUGAUCGAAGAUACAACACCGAACCUCCCCGCACCUGAUAUACGACAAAUGUUCGGUCGAUCAGAAAUGGAGCGCGAAUAUGCCAAUCACGAUUCUCCUUGGAUCAUCUAUUCGCUUCUACAGCUUCUGCCUCUCACAUCUUCACUCGGAAUGGGAAAAGACGAAUACACAUCAUACGACUCCUUACCAACCAACCCGAUGAUCCGAUAUAGAGGAGAACACCCUCAUCACGCCUUGAAAACAGCGACGUUGAUCUUAUCCGAUAAACUAGUCCCAUCCGAGAUCCUAGCUCUGAUACCUUCUACAACGAAAUUGCAUAUCGCCAAGAAAUUCCCAGGUAAUGCGGAAGGAGCUCAGAAUGAAAUGAUGGAAUUGGCUUUAGCUGGAGCUCAAAAGGGUGAAAUCGUAGUCAGACUCAAACAGGGUGAUCCAUUUGUAUAUGGAAGGGGUGGAGAAGAAGUCCUGUACUUCCGUGAAAAUGGAUUUGAAUCGACCGUCAUUCCCGGUAUAUCAUCUGCGUUGGCUGGACCGUUGAUGAUGAACAUUCCAGUAACUCAACGGGGCGUAUCGGAAUCGUUGGUGUUGUGCACGGGAGUAGGAAGACAAGGAAAGGCAGUGAAAUUACCUGGUUAUGUCAAAUCUAGAUCCCUCAUCUUACUUAUGGGAGUAGCGAGGAUCAAUCAAAUCAUAGAAACGUUAACUCUCUCUUCGCCCAACGCCGAAGGAAGGGAUGGAGAGAGGUAUCCCGGUUAUUUACCUAUAGGUAUAAUAGAGAGGGCUUCGUCGCCUGAUCAAAGGAUUAUCAUGAGUAGGUUGGAUAGGAUUGAGGAGUCUCUGAAGAAGUUGGAUGAAAGACCACCGGGUAUGAUCAUUGUUGGAUGGUCGGUACUGUGUUUGGAAGGUAAGGGCAAAGUGGAUAUAUUAGACAAUAUAAAUGCAUCGGAAGAGGAUGAGAGGAAGAUAGUGGAUGAUUGGUUGAAUGGAAUGGAUUAUAAGGUUAGAGAGGGAUUACAAGAGGGUUGGAGAGAUCUUUUGAAUGAGGUUCAGUAG